AUGGCCGCCGCGCACCGCUGCCUCUUCCUGCUCCUCCUGUCCACGUGCGUGGCUCUGUUGCUGCCGCCACCCCUGGGUGCCCUGGGGGCCCCGCUGGAGCCAGAGUAUCCGGGGGACAAUGCCACAGCAGAGCAGAUGGCCCAGUAUGCGGCUGAGCUCCGCAGAUACAUCAACAUGCUGACCAGGCCCAGGUAUGGGAAAAGAAGCAAAGAAGGCACGCUGGACUUCUUGGAGUGUGGGUCUCCCCACUCAGCAGUCCCCAGGGAGAUCGGUACAAUGGACUCAUAA